AUGUAUUGGCUGCGCACAAUUGCGCUGGCCACCGCAGCCACCGCGGCGAGCUUGUCACAAUAUGCCACGAACGGUCGUUCUGGUUGGGGCACUUUGCCGUCACCAAACCUUCCUCGGUAUCUCACGGACGGGCCUUUUGAACAUGGAUGGCCUUGGGGCAGAGCUGACCCGACUGGAGAUCCACCCAACACUGGCGUGACGCGCCAUUACCAUUUCACGAUCACGCGUGGCUUUAAGUCUCCCGACGGCUUCAACAAGAGCGUGAUCAUGGUGAAUGAUCAGUUCCCGGGCCCCGCGAUUGAAGCCAACUGGGGGGACAUGAUCGAAGUGACGGUGGUAAACAACAUUGACAGCCAGGACGAAGGGGUGACUCUGCACUGGCAUGGCAUGACCCAGAAGAAGACUCCCUGGUACGAUGGUGUCCCGGGAGUCUCGCAGUGCCCGAUUGCUCCCCGUGGCGGUCGCUUUACCUACAAUUUCCAGGCAGAUCAAUUUGGCACUGGGUGGUACCAUUCGCAUUACAGUGCUCAAUAUGAUGACGGACUGUACGGACCCAUGAUUAUUCAUGGCCCAGUCCAGCCAGAGGUCAAUUAUGAUUAUGAUCUAGGCCCCGUCAUGAUCUCCGAUUACUAUCAUAUCAGCUACUACAAGGCCCUGCAGCUGAGUUUCUCCAAGCCACCACAUGCGCUGAACGUGGACAACAAUCUGAUCAACGGCAAAGGCACUUACGACUGCAAUUCCACCACGGCGGAUGCGGGCUGUUUGCCUGGGGCGGGAUACGCGAAGUUCCAAUUCCAUUCAGGGAAGCGCCAUCGACUACGACUCAUGAACACGGGAUCACUCGCGAAUCAGAAAUUCAGCAUUGACAAUCAUGAGAUGACUGUCAUUGCGAAUGACUACGUUCCCAUCAAGCCAUAUAAAACCAAAACGGUGACCCUGGGUGCAGGCCAGCGAACUGAUGUCAUUGUUCAUGCCACCGGUUCAUCUACGGACGCUGUGUGGAUGCGAUCCGAUAUCGACAUGGUUUGCCUGCAAACCACCGCGACAAUCAGCACGGGGCUUGCGGCGAUAUAUUAUGAGUCGGCGAACACAACCGCUGCCCCUCGCACUGAAGGGACAACCUGGGAAAGUAACAACUGUCGUAACGACCCGUUAAAUCAGACGGUACCCUAUUAUCCAUUAACACCAGCCCAGCCAGAUACCGUCCAGACGAUUGAAAUUACGGUGGGCUACAACGCGACCGGAUUUAUUGUCAUGUUUAUGGACAAUUCAUCCUUUCGUGCUGAUUACAACGACCCGAUCCUGCUCGAUGCCAGAGAAGGCAAUCUUUCUUUCCCACGGGAACGAAACGUCUACAAUUUUGGUAGCAACUCCACAGUGCGGUUGAUUCUGAACAACACCUAUGCUACUGUGCAUCCCAUGCAUCUUCACGGCCAUAAUUUCUGGGUUCUGGCGGAGGGUGUGGGAACCUGGAAUGGAGAAAUCACCAACCCAUCCAAUCCACUACGUCGCGACACACAUAACUUGCAGCCUGGAACAGCGGACGAGCCGUCCUAUGUGGUUCUGGAAUGGACGCAAGACAAUCCGGGCAUUUGGCCUUUUCAUUGUCACAUGUCGAUUCACUCUAGCGCAGGAAUGUUCAUCUUGGCCAUGGAGCAACCGGAUUCGAUACAAAAGGAUAUGCAAAUCCCGAUGAUCAUGGCACAAACUUGUCGUGAUUGGGAUAGAUUCAGCAAUACCUCAUUCGUCGACCAGAUUGACUCGGGUGUAUAG